AUUGAAAUUUUUCGCUUUUCGUCCUGCUGCUUGUUGCUUACUGCUCCCUGCGCGCGCCUCUUCUAGCCAGCUCUCUCUGUUCUCGAGCGAGCGAUCAAGAGCCAUGGCUGCUGGUAAAGGAAGGCGGUCGUCGUUGACGAACGGCGCCGCAUCAUCAAGAGCUGCCGGAACCAACGGAAAAGCAACGGCGAUGGCCGCAGCUGGCCCGGGCCAAGCACAGGCUUCCACCUCUUCCUCGGACCCGCUGCUGGCCUCACUGACAGAGCACGAUGCCGCAUUCACUAGCCUCCUCAAGCUGAUCCCACCCAAGUUCUACCUCGUCGAAGAGGACGAGGGCCGCGAGGAGGACGCCGAGGCGGGCAUCAAUGCGCGUUUCCAAAAGAACAAGCGCAAAAAGGACAAGGAAAUCGAGGCGGCGCAGCGAAAGUCAAAGGCGAAGGAGGCCAAGCGGGCCAAGCUCGAUCCGGACAACCUCAAGACGGUGGACCAGAUCCAGAUGGAGCGAGCAAAGGCAAAGGCAGCGAGGGUGGAGGAGGAUGAUGAUGAUGAUGACGACGACGAUGACAUGGAAGGGCUCGAUAUCGGCGCGGGGGAUCUUCAGGCGGGCGAUACUGAUGGGGAGGAAGAGGAGGAAGAGGAGGAAGAGGAGAGCAGCGAAGAGGACGGAGACCGGACGCUCAACAAAGCAAGGGCAGCGCCCGUGCUCAAUGGAAGCGUGAAGCCAGCAUCGACGGUGUCAGACCUCCGAGCGAGACUGCAGAAAGGACGAUGUCGAUGGGACUGGUGGAGAGGAGGGCGACCAGUGGGAGGACGAGGAUGCGUCGGUGGCGUCGACGCGCGACGAGCUGCUUGAGGAGCGAAGGAGGAAGCGGGGCGAGAUGCGCGACAAUCGGCGAAGGGCACGCAAAGAGGCCAUCCGAGCCGCCGCCAUGGGCCAGAACAAGAAGCAGGGCAAGCAGCAGGCGAAUGGAGCCGCCACCAACGGCACCGAUGCCGACAAGCGG